AUGAAGCUCCCCAAUACUGCACUCCUCUUCCUCGCCGCCCACCUCUCCCUCACCUCCGCCGGCCCCGCCCCAACCGCAGCCGAAGAAUGCGGCCCCCUCGGCGUCAUUUCCUCCACCGACGCCGCCACCCAAGCCGGCAUCAGCCCAGCCGACAUCCGCAAGUGCAAGGAACACCUGCUGUCCCUCGUCAGCCGCCGCGCCGCCGCGGAUGCCACGGACGCCACGGUCUUCGCUCGCGACUGCUGGUGGGGCGACAACUACGGCUGCACCGACGGCUACUGCUGGGAGAAGUGCAACCCGGAGAAGGGCCACUGGUGCUGGACAGCGUGGGGCGACGGGUUCGGCGACUGGAGGAAGUGCGAGGGCAAGGGGGAGUGUGAGCCUGUGAAGAACUCGGCUUGCGGGCAAGGGAAUUGUGAGAAGUGCGGGUGCAGCUGUUGA